UUGUCACUUGUCAGUUUAAUAAAUAAUCUGUUGUAUUUUUCAGAAAAGAAAAGGAGAAAUUUGGAAUUAUAUUCUUGUUUUUACUGAUAACUACGAUAUUCAACAAAUAAAUAUGAGCGAAUUAGUUUGGGGAAUUAAAAAUGGCGAUAUUGAUCAAGUCAAAGACAUCGUGGAGAAGCACAAAAUUGAUGUCAAUGCACGGAUUGAUGGCAGAGUUCCUCUUCAUUAUGCUGCAGACUAUGGUCAAACUGCUGUUUUGAAUUACUUAUUGGAUAAGGGGGCUGAUCCUAAUGUUGAAGAUAAACAUGGUAUAUCUGUGAUCUUAGCAGCUAUUUGGGAAGGCCACACAGAUUGUGUCAAAACAUUGCUUAAACAUGGGGCCUCCAAGAAUGGAAAAGCACCAGAUGGCACACCUUAUAUUGAGGCGGCAGAAAAGGAUGAAAUCAAAGAGCUCUUAACAUAAUCAUGAUUAUUUAAAAAGAUAUUUAAUCGCAAUUCCUUAUCAUUUUUUACAUGGUAAAAGCAAACAAAGUAAAUAAUAUAUUAUUGAAUGCAUUUAUUUACAUUUAUUUUUUUAAGCUUGACUUGUGUAAAGAUAUAACAUGCAUUGACUGCGUCCAUUAGUUUGUAAAAAUAUCUUAUUUAUUAAUAAUGGCCUUUGUCAUUGAUGAAAUCUAUAUCUUGUGUGUUUUAAAUUUUCAUGAUUUUCAGUGACUUCUAGGGGGCCUAUACUCAAAAUUUAGCAUAUAAAUAUUUUUAAGAAAAUAUGUAAACCCAAAAGGGUAAGAUGUAAUUUUUAUUGCUAAAAUAAAAAUUGAUAUAAAA